GUUGAUACAAAGUCAGGCGGAAGAGCGAAAACCGAAAACAAAGCGGCACUGCGCUCGAGCUGUGCGGAAGUAAACAACAGGCAGAAUUCAAACAGUCGAUUUAAAGCGGCUGGUGUGUGUUUGGUGUCAUGGGUCGCAUCUUUCUUGAUCAUAUUGGCGGGACGCGCCUCUUUUCCUGUGCCAACUGUGACACCAUCCUGACCAACCGCUCGGAGCUCAUAUCCACACGCUUCACGGGCGCCACCGGCCGAGCGUUCCUCUUCAACAAGGUGGUGAAUCUGCAGUACAGUGAUGUUCAGGAUCGUGUGAUGUUGACGGGCAGACACAUGGUACGUGACGUCAGCUGUAAGAACUGCAACAGUAAGCUGGGCUGGAUCUACGAGUUCGCCACCGAGGACAGUCAGCGCUAUAAAGAGGGCCGCGUGAUCCUGGAGAGGGCGCUCGUGAGGGAGAGCGAGGGCUUCGAGGAGCACGUCCCGUCUGAUGCGUCCUGAGAUAUC